AUCAAUAACCCAGAUUUUGUGAAGCAUGGUCGACGUGAGGAUAGUUGGUGCUCGUUCUACAACGAAACCAAAUGUUUCUGCAGAAAUAAGUAAUCUCGUAACACCCGGGGAUGUGAUCACUGCGGAUACAGGUUUCAUGCGUGGGCAUGGAACUUACAUGGAGGAUGAGAAACUACAUGCUUCUGUGGCUGGAGUAGUGGAAAGAGUUAAUAAACUCAUUUGUGUGAAACCUUUGAAAACCAGGUACAAUGGUGAGGUAGGAGAUGUGGUUAUUGGUCGGAUCCUGGAAGUUGGGACUCGUCGUUGGAAGGUGGACACUCAUGCCAAAUUAGACUCUGUCCUGAUGCUGUCCUCUGUUAACCUUCCAGGUGGUGAAUUGAGAAGGAGAUCAGAGGAAGACGAAAAGAUGAUGAGACAUUACCUCAAAGAAGGAGAUUUGAUCAGUGCAGAGGUGCAGUCCGUGUUUGCUGAUGGAGCCUUGUCUCUCCACACGAGGAGUCUCAAGUAUGGAAAGCUAUCACAAGGUCAGCUGGUGUCAAUAUCGCCAUCUCUAAUCAAGCGUCGUAAGACCCAUUUCCACAACCUGCCAUGCGGAGCCAGUAUAAUCCUGGGUAACAAUGGCUAUAUUUGGAUCUGUCCGACCAUCAAUGAGGAAACAGAACAGACCGGCGGAUAUGAACAGAAUCUUGAACCAGUUCAGAAGUCCGACAGAGAAGUAAUCGCUCGACUACGCAACUGUGUACUGGCCCUGGCGGAACACAAGAUGAUGUUGUAUGAUACUAGUGUACUCUACACAUUCGAGGCUUCUCUCAAAUAUUCAGUGAAGGAGACACUGAAGCCUGAAAUAAUGUCCGAGGUUAUAGAGGUAGCGCAGCAGAGGCUGGAAAGGGAAGGCACAUGAUCACUAAGGGACACCAUGAUCAUCACCAU